UAAGUUGCCUAUAAAAGAGAGCGAUCGAUUAAUACAUUGUCAUGAAAUUAAGCUCAAGUUAUCUUAAAACAAUAAUUUGUAUUUGAGAAAUGGAGAAAUCGAUAAUCCUUGUGUUUUCUCGAGCGUUGUCCCUUCUCCUUGUUUUGUCAUUUGCAACGUCAACUAUUGCUCAAGAAGUUGAGGAUGAGUCAGAAUUCAACUACAUUCGAGGGGAUGUAAGGGGACCUGAGAAUUGGGGAAACAUUAAAGAUGAAUGGGAGAAAUGUAAGACCGGCAAAAUGCAGUCACCCAUCUUUAUAUUUCCUGGCCUACCGGAAAGAAUACCCGAAUCCGACAGAGUUAUAAGGUCUUAUCAAACUGGACAGACAACACUCAAAAAUAGAGGUCAUGAUAUUAAGCUUGAAUGGAUUGAAGGAGGUGGGACGAUUCGAAUCAAUGGCGUUGAUUAUAUCCUACGUCAAUGCCACUGGCACUCUCCCUCGGAACAUGCAAUUAAUGGCCGGAGGUAUGCUUUGGAGGUGCACUUUGUUCAUCAAAGCUUAGACGACAAAAUCGCAGUAAUUGGAUUUGUUUAUGAUUAUGGAAAUCCUGAUCCUUUCCUUUCUUCGAUCGAAAAUGAAUUAAAAUUAUUAAUUUCAAACAAAAAUUCAUCAGAAGAAAUAAUGAGUGGUAUAGUUAAUCCAUCAGACGUACGGAUGGAAGGAAGUAGAUAUUACAGAUACAUGGGGUCACUCACCACCCCGCCUUGUGAUGAAGGUGUCAUUUGGACCGUUGAAACCAAGGUUGGAAGUGUUUCGUUAGAACAAGUGAAAUUGCUGCGAGAUGCUGUUAAUGAUGAUGCAAGAGAAAAUGCAAGACCAUUGCAGCCUUUGAACUGGAGAAGGGUGUCCCUCUAUGAUACAAGACUCCGCAUCGAGGACAAUGAUACUCUAAUCACACCAUAUGUAUCAUCUAUGUAAACACUUAACAAGUGUGCGAGUGUUGAACCCUGAAAUCCAUAUGGUUCUAAAUAAUUUAACAAAUAAAGGGUUUUAGGUUUAUUUCUAAAUAUUCCGUAUAAAUAAAGUCGGCAUUACUUGAUUAUAAUCGGUAUGCGGCCAAAAUGUCAAUAAAUACCAGUUAUCGUCGUUUAUGUUAUUAUGUACUAUUAAGUUCUA